AUGUCCGAGCACAACAUUGUCGUUUUUGGCGGCGACCACUGCGGUCCUGAGGUUGUUGCCGAGGGUAUCAAGGUCCUCAAGACGGUCGAAAAGUACAGCGCCAAGGCAGGCAAGUUUAACCUCCAGGAGCAUCAGCUCGGCGGGUGUUCCAUUGACACCUCCGGCACGCCUCUAACCGACGCCGCUCUCGCCGCCGCGCAGGCUGCCGACGCCGUGCUCCUCGGCGCCAUCGGCGGCCCCAAAUGGGGCACCGGCGCCGUGCGUCCCGAGCAGGGCCUCCUCCGCCUCCGCAAGGAGCUGUCAGCCUACGGCAACCUCCGCCCGUGCUUCUUCGCCUCGGACGCCCUCGUCGACAGCUCCCCGCUCAAGGCGUCCGUCUGCCGCGGCACCGACUUUGUGAUUGUGCGGGAGCUCACCGGCGGCAUCUACUUUGGCGAGCGCAAGGAGGACGACGGCGACGGCACCGCCUGGGACAAGGAGCCGUACUCGCGGGCCGAGAUUCAGCGCGUGGCGCGGCUCGCGGGCUUUUUGGCGCGCGGGCGCGGCGACAAGAAGGUGUGGUCGCUGGACAAGGCCAACGUGCUGGCGACGAGCAGGCUCUGGAGAAGGGUCGUCACGGAGACGUUUGCGGACGAGUUUCCGGAGCUCAAGGUCGAGCACCAGCUGAUUGACUCGGCGGCCAUGAUUAUGAUUAAGAACCCGACGGCGCUGAAUGGUGUCAUUGUCACGAGCAACCUCUUUGGCGACAUCAUCAGCGACGAGGCGAGCGUCAUCCCCGGCAGCAUCGGCCUGCUCCCGAGCGCGAGCCUUAGCGGCAUUCCAGGGCAAAACGGCAAAUGCAACGGCAUCUACGAGCCCAUUCACGACGAAAGGGAGAUAAGGUAA